UCUUUUGAGGUUGAGCUCAAAACGUGCGCGCCCACCGUUUUCCCGUGGUCGCAAAGUCCGGUUUUGUAUUUUCCAUUCCACGCCGACCAAACUUCGUAUAAAACCCCCCGCCCACCCUCUCCCUUGUAAACCCACCCAACAUCUCUCUCUCUCUCUCUCUCUCUCUCUCUCUCUCUCUCUCUCUAGAUUCUCUCCUUUGACGAAAAACAUGGCUGAUUCUAAAGCCAAGACUAGCCUCGAAUCCAUCAGAGAAUGGGUCGUCGAGCACAAGCUUCGAGCCGUCGGGUGUUUGUGGCUAAGCGGUAUAACGGGUUCAAUUGCCUACAAUUGGUCUCAACCCGCCAUGAAAACCAGCGUCAAACUCAUCCACGCUAGGUUGCAUGCACAGGCUCUUACGUUGGCUGCAUUAGCAGGAGCUGCAGCAGUUGAGUACUAUGACCAAAAAUCUGACUCAAAGGCUGAUCGUUAUGCAAAGUUCCUCCCAAUGGAUGCCUACUCCCACAAGGAUUGAGAAUUUUUAGAUGUCCAAAAUAUCUAUCGGAGUUAUUUGACCCAUUAUUGAUUUUUGGUUGUGGAUAUGUUUCUGCAUAUGCUUCUGUUGACUGUCAAAUACACCUUCAUAUUACUCGGUUCAAAAUUAUUCUACCAUAGGGUUCAAUCAUCAAUGUAAUCUGCAUUUCUGAAAGCUUACAACUUACCAGAUAGGCAAGUUUUGUGUUUAGCUUACAGGAAAGAAUUCAAUGAGCUCGAGCGAGUUUUGUAUUAGAGAAAUAAGGGUUUAAGUUA